CUCCGAUGCACAAGAGGGAGCUAGCGAAAUCAGCUGAGCUCAAAGUACAGGAAGUACCUUCAUGUCAGUGAAUGAAGCUGCUGUGCCUGUUUUAUGUUGUGAGGGGGGGGUGAUAUCAACACAGCCCUUAUAGAAUCUGUGAUAUCAAUCAUUGUGGGGCUGAAAUAUCUCGUGCAUAUUAAAGUGCAUCACAGCAUUUUGUAUUGAGACAACACGCUGUCAAGACACGCUGUAAGACUCUUUUAUUUUGGUCUGUGUCGAUCUAAACGACUAAAAGACCACGUAGCCUGUUGCUGGCUAGCUACCCACUACAACAACCUCAGAGGUUAGUGUUUUGAAUCGUGUGGGUGUGAUGUUCCCUCUGCUGCAUAGGCUAACUCUCUUCCUUUUCCAUUUGACUCUUUUAUGCUCCGUUGUUGUGGUCGCUGAGGUCUAGAGAUGUGCUAUGCUAUGCAGUAGUACCAAAUAUUCUCUAUUCUAAUGGUACUAGUCUGCAUUCUUUUGGAAUACCUGUCCUGUAAACAGUGAGUCUCUGGAUUCGGCAGCUCUUCUGAGGGAUGUCGGAGUCCGGCCAUAGUCAGCCGGGCGUGUAUGGCGGUCAGAGCCGAAGGAGGCGACGACGUCGGGACAGGGACCUGGUAGGACCGGGGCAAAAUCUCUCUGGUCCGAGUCGUGACCGCGAGUAUGUCCCCCGGGAGCGCAGGGAUGGAAGCGAGGAUCCCCCAGGACCACUUCUUCAGAAGACCCCCAUCAUCCUGGCUAAGCCUCCAGGAGAAAGGAGCAAGCAGAGUCAGAACAUCGCUCCCAUCACCGGGCCUCCGUCCCUUGAGAAACCCAUCAUGCUGAUGAAGAGCAGGGACGAGGCUGGCAAGGCAGGGGGCACGCCACCGGACACCAGUGGCCCGCCCCCCACUGGCACCGGAGCCGCCAAGCUGGAGAGGGAGGGCCAGCGGCCAACCCAGCCCGUCUACCAGAUCCAAAACAGGGGCAUGGCUGCUGCCGCCUCCAGUGCCUCUGUGGACCCUGUGAUUGGCCAGACCAAACUCCUCCCACCAGAGAGAAUGAAGCACAGCAUCAAGUUGGUGGACGACCAGAUGAACUGGUGCGACAGCGCCAUGGAGUAUUUGCGCGACCAAACGGAUAUGCUGGUGGUAGGGGUGCUGGGACUACAGGGAACUGGCAAGUCCACGGUUAUGUCAUUCCUGUCUGCCAACGCUCCGGAGGAGGACCAAAGAGCGUACGUGUUUCGAGCUCAGAGCCCGGAGAUUAAAGAGAGGGGUGGAAACCAGAGCAGUGGUAUUGACUUCUACAUAACCCAGGAGAGGGUCAUCUUCCUGGACACACAGCCUAUACUGAGUCCCUCCAUUUUAGAUCACCUGAUCAAUAAUGACCGCAAACUGCCCCCAGAGUACAAUCUCCCUCACACCUAUGUGGAAAUGCAGUCUCUCCAGAUCGCUGCCUUCCUCUUCACCGUGUGCCAUGUGGUCAUCGUCCUACAGGACUGGUUCACAGACGUCAACCUCUACAGGUUCCUGCAGACUGCUGAGAUGCUGAAGCCCUCCACCCCCUCUGCCAGCCAUGACAGCAGCGGAUCCUCUGGGAAUGACGAGGGUUUGGAGUACUACCCUCACAUAGUCUUCCUGCAGAACAAGGCACGUCGUGAGGAGUUCUGCCCCAGGAACCUGAAGAAGAUGCACGCGUCCGUGGACAAACUCAUGGCCCACUCCCACCUCAAGUACAAAGGUACUCUGUCCAUGCUGGACUGCAACAUCUUCCCCGGCCUGGGCCGCGACUACUUGGGGACAGAAGUGAACCUCUUCCUCCUGCCCGUCCUGGAGGGUGAUGGAGAAGACGCCUUAACCAGGGCAGGUUCAGCGUCAGGGGCCGGUGGCAGCAGCGUGGCCCCCCUCUUCUCCCUGUUGCCCGGCUACAGGGGCCACCCCACCUUCUCGUCGCUGGUGACCAAGUUGCGCAGCCAGGUGCUGGCCAUGUCCCGCAGCCAGUUGUCCCACACCAUCCUCACGGAGAAGAACUGGUUCCACUAUGCAGCUCGCAUCUGGGAUGGUGUGAAGAAGUCUUCUGCCCUCUCCGAGUACAGCCGCCUGCUGUCUUAGUCACCUUGACGAAUGCGGUUGUUGUUAGCCACCUGGCUUCACCAGAGGAUGCAGAGCGUCCACUCCACACACCUGCUUCCUCACCUCACCUCAGCUCAGCUCACCUGGUGGCUGACUGCCCCCUGGUGGGAGGAUGAGGAAGUCUGUCUGCCUGUGGGCUCGCUGGUCUCCUUAACACUGGGCUGGAGUGUAUGGAGUCACGGGCUGGAGAGAACUACAGAGGCUGGUCUGCUGCUCUACCGCCAGAGCAGGAGAUACAUGGAGGAGGAGGAUAGGUGUGAUCAUCGUGUCUGUGUGUGUGUGUGUGUGUGUGUCUUAUGAUGGAGGACAUGGUAAUGGUGGGACACCACACUGCGGAGACAAGCAUUCUGACCGUGUGCAUACGUUUUUUUUUUUACUCGCACAAGAUUGAGGCUAGGAAUGGAUUGAAAUGUUGUUUUCCUAGACGGCAAAACAAAAGCAUACAGUAAAUGAGCAUGCUCUUUUUUUAUUCGUCUCCACCUGACUUUCAUAUGAAUAUGUGGAUUUCAUUCGGUGUUCUGUUUACAGUAUCUGUUUGUGAUUCAGUCUAAAUGGCACUGUGGGUGUGGUUUUUGGUCAUGCAAGCCCUGUUGGGACUCAUUUGGAUUGGUCAGAGGCUCGACACUCUCUUUACAAUGGCUGUGCCCCAGGUUUAAUAUGUCCCUUCACAGCAAUUCAGUUCAAGCAUUAUUCUACUUUCAAUUAAUAUACUAUUCUAGAGGGUGUUCAGAGGAACAGCUCAAUGAAACGACUGCAUUUUGAUUAGUUUUUAAUACAUUUGUAAUUCUUGGAAACUUGGGGCAUAAUCUCCUGUAUUUUUUCCAUCAGCUUGCGUUUUUGCAAAAAUGUUCUUCUGACCAUUUGGUUUUUCAAUAAAGCUGAAACAUCACACAUUACAA